AUGGCCGCCGCAACGCCGAACCUUCCUCCAGUCCGGACCCGCCCGCCGACGCCGGAAACCCAACCCCCCGCCGCACCACCUCCACCACCACCACCCGCCGCCGCCGUCGUCUCCCUGCAGCAACCCAGCGGAAAGAAGAGCAACCCAUCCCGGCCCAGGAGGCUCCUCCGGCAGGUCCGGUCGAUAUUCCGGUCCUUCCCCAUCAUAACCCCGGCCGCGUGCAAGUUCCCGACCGGCGGCGGCGGCGGAGGGACCCGGAUCCAGGACGGACACAUCAACGGGACCCGGAUGACGGGGACCCUGUUCGGGCACAAGAGGGCCCGGGUGAACCUGGCGAUCCAAGAGACGCCGAGCUCGCUCCCCGUGGUCCUCCUGGAGCUGGGCCUGCCGACGGGGAAGCUGCUGCAGAGCAUGGGUGGCGGGAUGGUGCGGAUCGCGAUGGAGUGCGAGAAGAGGAGCGGCGGGGACAAGACCCAAGUGAUGGAGGAGCCGAUCUGGACCAUGUUCUGCAACGGGAAGAAGUCCGGCUUCGGGGUGAAGAGGGAGCCGACGGAGGAGGACCUGCGCGUGAUGCGGACGCUCCACGUGGUCUCCAUGGGCGCCGGGGUGAUUCCCGAGGAGAAGGAGGAGGAGGUUCACCCGGAGGGGGAGCUGGCGUACAUGCGGGCGCAUUUCGAGCGGGUGGUCGGGUCGAGGGAUUCCGAGACGUAUUACAUGAUGAACCCGGACGGGAACAGCGGGCCGGAGCUCAGCCUUUUCUUCGUCAGGGUUUGA